AUGAUCGGGAGAGGAUUGUUCAUUUUGACGAUACUGUCAAACUGCGUUCUGUCAUUGCCAGUGACUUCAAGUCAGCUGGAGAAUGAAGACGUAAAGGUGAUGAAAUGCAUCGUGGAGGCGCUGGCUGAUGUGCUGUCAAGAUCCCACCCCAUGCCUGUCAGUGAGGAGUGUCUGGUGACUCUAAAGACAGAUGACAGGCUUGUGACUAUCCUUCGCCAUCAUAACUUUCUGAAGGAGCUGCAGGAGAUUGCUGUUCAUGGUAGUAAAGAGAAAGCUCAGCUCCUACGAGAUGCUGGCAUACCAGACCAGGCAACCCACACUCCUCAGACCACAGAUGACGCUGCUGAUCGAUCCAUGUUGGAGGCUCUAGGAGGCCCUGGUGAAAGAUCUAUCCUGUCCCAAAAGAGGAGGGCAGGAAAUGGCAAUGGAGAAGAAGAAAAGGAUGAAAGCCUGGGAGAUGGAGAGUCACAGGAGGACAAUGACAUUGGUGGAGAGGUGCAAGCAAAGAGGGAGAAUGACGAGAAACCAAGAAGUCACGUCUCGGAGUCUGUGGAUGACUGGAGUGAGGGAAAGGUUGAAAAGAGGGAGGAAGAAGAAGUAUAUGAAGAGAAGCGAGAAAACUCAGAGGAGAAUUCAGAAGAGGAAAACAAGACCAAGAAAGGUGUAGGGUCUGAUGAAAAGAGAGAUGCAACCAGACGCAACAGUUUAAAAGAGAAGAAAUUUGAUGAUGAAGACGAGGAGGAGAAAGACAAGAGAACCGGACCCUUCUCACACAAACUGGAGGGCAAAGAGGAGGAGCAGGAGGAGGAAGAGGAUGAAGGAGAAAUGAAGAGAGGGAGCAGGGAGGGCCUGAAGCGAUGGACCAAGAGAGCCAAGGGGUUUCAGCAAGAAGUGCCCCAUCAUUCGAAGGAGGUCACAGAGGAGGACGUGGUCAAGAAGAAAAAGAGUCCAGAGGAGAAGGAGCUGCAGAUGAUUGCUCGAAGGGCACCAGAGGAGAGGAGGGGGUCGGAGGAGGAGGGCAGCGCCAGCCGCAAGUCUGAGGAGCCGGAGAUUGAAAGCCUGGCAGCCAUCGAGUCAGAGCUUGAAAAUGUUGCCCAGAAACUCCAUGAGCUGCGGCGAGGCUGA